AUGAACAAUUUCAAAGCAGCUUGGCUUGUGUUCAACCUUUCCGGAGCAAUCCUUCUGGGCAGCUUCACCUCCGCUUCUUCUCUUCAGCUGGUGAGGCGCGGAGAACUUCCCGUAGACACCUUCAGCGCCGACAAGACUGGUCCAAACCUAUCUUCCCACAAUGACUUUCAAACCCACCUGAACUCCACGUCUGAUGCAUGCCGGAUUGACCGCUCGCGACCGCCAGUGCUGGACGAGCUGAUUGGAUGCAGGAAUUCUUCCUUAUUCCACACAUGGCGCCCUAAAGCGCGAGUAAUAGGGCCACGAGGAUGGAUGAAUGAUCCUAUGGCAAUAUUCGAAACGAAGAGCGGAGUUUAUCAUGUGGGGUAUCAAUGCAACCCGGAUCACCUUGUGUGGGCAAAUAUCUCACAAUGUUCAGCUUUUACCACGGACUUCGUCCACUUUAAGGAUCACCAUAGUUGGAAAGAUCCGCGAACCAUUGUACCUACUCAGUUGUAUGACAUUAGAGGCGUAUUCGAUGGCACUGUGAUCAAGGACGGCUGGAACGGUCAUCCAAGUAUCAUAUACACCUCUGUUUUUACAGGCCCUAUCGGAGCCAAAAGUGAUCCACCUGAGAUUGAAGGCGUUGAGACGCAGAGUGUUGCCUACACUGAGGACGAUGGCCAUACCUGGACAAAGUUGAACUUUGGUGCCAAUGGCAAUCCUGUCAUUUACAAUUGGCCAGAGAAACAUCUUUCAGGAUUUAGGGACCCAUUUGUUUUCAAGUCAAGCGAAUUCUCCAGUUUUUACGCCAAUGAAUCCAUUGUUCACCAGACACCGGGCAAUCCGAAUGCGCUCAAGCCCAGUGGAACCAACUUCUUACUUCUCAGUGGUGGAAUUCGAACGGAAGCUGACCCGAUCUAUGGUGGACCCAGGCUGUUUCUCUAUCGCCAAACCGAGGAGAACAACAUUCGUGAUUGGACCUAUCUAGGCCCUUUGACAUCCUCGGUAGCUGAACCUCACCAAACUAGUGAAUGGACUGGUGCCAAAGGUACCAACUAUGAAUGCGGUGCGAUCACCAAAGUCGACGAGCACGGAUUAGUCAACCAGGAAGAUUCAGCUCGCUCCACCAGCCAGCUCAACAUCAUCGUGACAGGAACUGAAGGCGGCCGCGUCACUCCGAGUUACUGGCCUAUUUGGCAUGCCGUCAGUUGGGAUUUCAACGCGGAUGACGGCAAUGUGAAAUCAAAGAUAGAUUUCUCGGGGGUUAUAGAUUGGGGCAAAGCAUAUGCGUUUCAUCUGUUUGAAUCGAAGGGUCGCCAGCUGCUCGUCGGUUGGACAUACGAAGACGAUGCCCAGAACAUCUUGACACCCCAGAGAGGAGCUCAAGGUGCCUUCACGUUAUUCCGGGAAUUAUAUGUCCAGGUUAUUCGCCACAUCCACCCAUCCGUGCUCAAGUCUCCUGAGCAUGCACCUAGCUGGACCACCCGAACUGAAGCCGACGGUAGCCACUCCCUCAUUACUGCUGGUCAAAGGAUUCUGCCGGAAAUUACGACGGCCUUUCGCAAACAUUCCACUGUCUCCGCACUCCCUGCUCGCACCUUGAACCCUGGUUACAACCCAGGACUCCCUGAGCACAGCCUUUCAACUAACACAGUCCGGCUAGAAAAGCAACCUCAAGAUCGGUACUAUGCCAUUACUGCUCGCCUCGAAUUUUACACAGAGCGCAAAGAGGUUGAUGGCGAAAAUGUCGAUCGUGCCUCAAUGUCUCGUGGGGGCUUCCGGAUACUAUCCAGCGAGAACGAAUGGACUGAUGUCUAUUAUGAUCCAAGCACCGAGUACCUCGUAGUUGAUAGGUCCCACAGCUCCGCCAUUCCAUCUUUCAGUAAUUCGACGGAGCGCGCUAAGCUCAGGCUUUGGCCCAUAAUCAACCCCAUCACCAACCAAGUCGAACUCGAGUCUCUGAACUUGACGAUUGUCGUCGACAACAGUGUGGUCGAGGUCCACGCCAACGAGCGGGCAAUAAUCACCACUCGAGUCUACCCUUGGUAUGAGAAUUCCAUUGGCAUUGCAUAUUUGGUUCAAGGCCGCCCAACUGUGGUAGAUGAGGUCCACCUCCCCAGGCAUUCGGCCCUAACCGUCAACCAAGACCCAAUCAGUUCUCCGCCCAACCUUAACUUCCAACCUCAUUCCGUCCACUUCAGGAACAUUGAGAUGUGGGAUGGUCUGGUAAACGCAUGGCCAGACCGGCCGCGCGAUACCCGUCUUCCAGGUGUCUACAGUCACAACAUCACCACCUCCCUUUAUGGCCUGUGGCCUGACCUAUAA